AUGGCUGAUCCUGCUCUCCUCCGCAGGAGAGUUAGGGCUAAUUCAGGGUUAGUUAUGCCUGUUGACCUUUAUGUGGAGGUGCCAAUGCUUCAACAAAAUGGUACACUGUUGAAAUUGAUCCUCGAGAGGCUCAGGCCAGUGUACUAUAAGGAGGGCAGCUACAUUUUCCGGGAGGGAGAACCUAUCGACCGGAUGGUCUUCCUCACGUCCGGCACAGUGUUGAAACUCAGGACCAUCAAUGGCCAGGGAACCGUACUCGACUAUAUUGAAAGUGGUGAUAAUUUGGAUGAAGUUAACAAAAAUAUUCUUGAUUGGGGUUUCAAAUUAGACUCCCCCACAUACGGCCUAUCCAACCUCCCAAUCUCUGAAAGCACUCUUAAAACCCAUACGGAAGUUGAUGGCUUUCAUCUAAGGGCCAAGGAACUGAUGGAAGUGUUUCGCAAAGCACCUUCUAAUAUAGAAGAAGCUGGCGUCUACUGGACGCCAUGGAAAGUCCAGAUCGAUCAUAGGCAGCCGGCCCAAGGUGGUGGUUCCACGAGUAGUACUUAA